AUGGCGACAUCAUACCGUCGCCGACGCAUCUUCUGGUCCAUCGUGCUGCUCACUGCAGCCCUCCUGUUCUAUGUAAGCACCCUCGGCUCCUCACCACUCUUCUCGCUCCCGGAGUCUCUCAAAGACCUUGGCUACUCACCAUCCUCGUCUCGCGCCGGCCAGAUGGCGCUCGCGAAGCUCAAGGCAGCUACGUGGGGCAAGUCGCGCGCGCGCGAGAUCGACGCCUUGUUGCACUUCGUCACUCAGUAUCCCGAGCGGAGACUGAACGAGGACGAGGGGCACAUCAACGUGAAGGACGUCGGGCGGGUGAUGGUGGAUCCCGAGAAGACCGUUGACCUCAGUGUGUAUGCGCCGGAUGGAGAGAUCAACUGGGAAGCAUACGUGAGGGUCCUGCAGGAAGAGAAUCCUGUGGUUGUUUUCAGCAAAACGUACUGCCCAUACUCGCAGCGUGCCAAGUCUCUCUUACAAAACUAUGAGCUCUACCCUCCACCGGUAGUGGUUGAAUUGAACACUAGAUCGGACGGCCCCAUCAUCCAGAAGAUCUUAGCGCGCCUCACAGGUCGACGCACUGUACCAAACGUUCUCCUCCAUGGCAAAUCACUGGGCGGCUCUGAUGAUAUCCAUCUGUUACACGAUGAGCACCAGCUGAAGGGCAUUCUUGAAGAAGGAGGGCUGCAGGUCAAUGGAGCGUUCGCUGGCUUGCAGGUGAACCCCGCCUGA